UGGAGUUGAACCCAGGUCUCGCGCCUGCGCGCUCUUCGCGAACCGUUUGGCGCGUUUUUCCCGGCACCUCGGUUCUUCCUCUGCUUCUGGGAGGCUCAGGGGUAGCUUUUAGGAAGUGGGACGUUCUCCCCUGGAAGGCGACUUCUGGAGAUUUCUUCUCCCUCCCUUCGGGACGUCUUGGGUUAUCCUCCAUUUUCUUUUAAGUGUUGCCCUGUGACUGACGACACGAGCCUUCUUGGUCACCUCCAGUCUCGGUGCCCCGGAGGGUGAAAGGGGGCCUCCCGGGCCACCAUGGCAGUGACCGCCCAGCAACUGGCGGAGGAGUUGGAGAUCUUCGGCCUAGACUGCGAGCAGGCCGUGAUCGAGAAAUUGGUAGAACUGUGUAUUCUGCAUGAACAGAAUGAGGAGGAAAUGGCAGGUGAGCUCGUCGCCUUCGUCAGCACACACGGAGUUAACCUUACCUCAGAGACCUUAAACUCUUUUCAGCAUGAGUUUCUGAGCAAAAGGCUGUCCAAAGCCCGGCACAAUGCAUCCAACGACAGUGGGCACGCAGGAGCUAGAGACAUUGUGUCCAUUCAGGAGCUAAUUGAAGUGGAAGAAGAAGAGGAGACCCUCUUAAACUCUUACACCACACCCUCUAAGGGUUCUCAGAAGCGACCUAUCACCACCCCAGAAACCCCCCUGACAAAAAGGAAUGUGUCCACCCGUAGCCCCCAUCAGCUUCUCUCGCCAUCGAGCUUCUCUCCAAGUGCUACUCCCUCGCAGAAAUACAACUCGAGAAAUAACCGAGGAGAAGUAGUCACCUUCUUUGGCUCGGCACAGGGAGUGUCCUGGUCUGGGAAAGGAGGGGCUGGUAACAUCAGCUUGAAGGUCUUGGGGUGCCCAGAGCUGCUAACCAAGAGCUACAAAUCUAUGUUUCAGAAGCUCUCUGACAUUCGAGAAGUUCUGACCUGUAAGGUCGAAGAACUUGGCAGUGAACUCAAGGAACACUACAAGAUUGAGGCUUUCACUCCCGUUCAAGUACCGGCACAAGAGCCCGUCACUCUGCUGGGCCAGAUCGGCUGUGAUAGCAAUGGAAAGCUGAACAACAAGUCCGUGAUUCUUGAGGGAGACCGGGAACACUCCUCAGGGGCUCAAAUCCCGGUGGAUUUAUCUGAGCUUAAAGAAUAUUCUCUGUUUCCUGGACAGGUUGUAAUUAUGGAAGGAAUCAACAGCACUGGUAGAAAACUCAUCGCCACCAAGCUGUAUGAGGGCGUGCCGCUUCCUUUUCAUCAGCCCACGGAAGAAGAUGGAGAUUUUGAGCAAAAAAUGGUCCUGGUUGCCUGUGGGCCCUACACCACCUCUGACAGCAUCACGUAUGACCCCCUGCUGGACCUGGUCACCGUCAUCAACUACGAUCGGCCAGACGUCUGCAUUCUGUUUGGACCUUUCCUAGAUGCCAAGCAUGAGCAGGUGGAGAACUGUCUGCUCACAAGUUCAUUUGAAGAUGUUUUCAAGCAGUGUCUACGCACAAUUAUUGAGGGGACAAGAAGCUCUGGCUCCCACCUCGUGUUUGUCCCAUCGUUGAGAGAUGUGCACCAUGAGCCUGUGUACCCACAGCCACCUUUCAGCUACACAGAUCUCUCCAGAGAGGACAAAGAGCGAGUACAGUUCGUGUCUGAACCCUGCAGCCUCUCCAUAAACGGAGUGAUCUUUGGCUUGACGUCCACAGACUUGCUGUUCCACAUGGGGUCCGAGGAAAUUAGUAGUUCUUCUGGAACCUCAGACAGAUUCAGCCGCAUACUCAAGCACGUUCUGACCCAGAGGAGCUACUACCCACUGUACCCUCCCCAGGAAGACAUGGCCAUCGACUAUGAGAACUUCUAUGCCUAUGCCCAGUUGCCUGUCACCCCAGAUGUCUUCAUAAUCCCAUCGGAGCUGAGGUAUUUUGUGAAGGACAUCCUCGGCUGUGUCUGUGUGAAUCCCGGGCGCCUCACCAAAGGGCAGGUGGGAGGCACCUUUGGCCGACUCUACCUCAGGAGACAGCCUGUGGGCAACGAGGGGAGGCAGAGUCCGUGUAUCGCCGCCCAGGUGGUCAGGAUCUGAGGGUCUGGCCUUUGUCACCUCAUGGUGCAGAGCCCUUACGGAUGUCCGAGCCCCCAGGAGUUGGCACGUCCAAACUUGUGGACAGGGGAGGAGAGGGAGGCAGCCAGCUGUGGAGCAAGGCUUCAGGGCUGGGCCCCAUGGGAAGACCUUGUACAGCUGGACUCUGGCGCCGAGGUGAGCAGCUCUGGAGGAAAUCAGUUGUUUCUUAAUGGCUACGUGGUGUCCAGAGGGAGCUGACAUGGAUCCAGCAUGCUCAGAAAGGGCAAGAAGGCUUUGUGAUUUUGUUUAUGACUUUUGGACUAAUAAAAAUAAAUUCUGAGUGUAA